AUGGUAGCUGACAUGGGGGACCGUGUACACCGGUUUGUGAUUGGUUUGGGGCCACAUUUGAUUAAGGAGGGCUUGACGGCCUUACUUCAGGAAGGGAUGGAUGUUUAUCGUAUUCAGGCCCAUGUCCAGAAUCUGGAAGAACAGCAGCUGUCGCAAAAGGGUGAGCAUGAUUAUGAUAGAGGUUAUAGUAAGAGGGCCAGAUCUUUUGGCAAGAGAUUUGAUUGCCCUAUUUAUUCUGGACCGGUUCAUAGCUUUAGAGUUUCGAAUUCUCAGUAUACAGGUGAUCCUAGUCAGAUGAGACCACCCCUGCCACGGUGUAAUCAAUGUGGUAAGCUACAUUUGGGACAUUGUCGCCUAGGUUCAAGCGCUUGUUAUGCUUACGGUCAGACUGGGCAUAUGCUGCGUGAUUGUCUAUUGAGGGGUGGCAAAGGUAGGGCCCAGCCCACAGGAUCAGCGGCUAGUUCUUCAUCGCCUGUAUGCCCUUUAGGACAAGGUUCGCAGGCACCAGCAGGUCAUGGUAGAGGCAGAGAGGGAGCAUCUAGUUCGAACGGCCCUCAGAACUGUAUCUAUACGCUAGCUGGGUGA